AUGACCUCAUGGACUUACUCCAUGGAAACAGCAAACAAUGUAACAGAAUUCAUUUUCUGGGGUCUUUCCCAGAACCCCCAGGUUGAAGCAGUUUGUUUCCUGGUGUUUUCCUUUUUCUACACAGUCAUUCUUCUGGGAAACUCCCUCAUUAUGUUGACAGUUUGUCUGGGUCACUUAUUUAAGUCACCCAUGUAUUUCUUCCUCUUUUUCUUGUCUUUUGUGGACAUUUGUUAUUCAUCUGUCACAGCACCCAAAAUGAUUAUUGAUCUGUUAGUAAAAACGAAAACUAUUUCCUAUGGGGGGUGCAUGAUGCAAGUCUUUGCGGUCCAUUUCUUUGGUUGUACUGAGAUUUUCAUUCUGACUGUCAUGGCCUAUGAUCGGUAUGUGGCCAUCUGUAAACCUCUACACUAUAUGACCAUUAUGGACCGGCAGAAAUGCAAUAAGAUGCUACUGGGCACCUGGGUGGGUGGUUUCUUACACUCCAUCAUCCAGGUGGCUCUUGUAGUUCAACUCCCCUUUUGUGGUCCCAAUGAGAUCGAUCACUACUUUUGCGAUGUCCAUCCUGUGCUGAAACUUGCCUGCACAGACACCUAUGUAGUUGGUGCUGUAGUGACAGCCAACAGUGGUUUGUUCAGUUGA